GGAGCCGCGGCUGCGUAAUUACAGCGGACUGACUGGCAACGUUAUUCUUCUAUAACCCCUGCGAACUACUAUCUCCUGUCAGGCUCUUUAAAGCCCGUCCGUGGCUGUGUAUAGACUCUCGGCCGCGAUUAACCCCGCUGUCCCCUGUGGGCUUCCGUAUUCGAUUCAACUGGCGGUCCCCACCCCUACUAGCAGCGGCCCGACUUGUUGGUUUUUUGACGCCGUUCAUUGGCUCUUGGUUCCUCCCGACGGCAUUCCCGGUGUCUGGCUUCUCUAGGCCGCCGGUCUUUUCCGCAGACGAGCCAUGGAUGAAAAAGCGUUCACCAAGGAGUUGGAUGAGUGGAUCGAGCAGCUGAAUGAGUGCAAACAACUGACUGAGGGCCAGGUCAAGAGUCUGUGCGAGAAGGCAAAAGAAAUCUUAACAAAAGAAUCCAACGUCCAGGAAGUGCGGUGCCCGGUCACAGUAUGUGGAGAUGUACACGGCCAAUUUCACGAUCUUAUGGAACUGUUCCGAAUUGGAGGCAAAUCGCCAGAUACCAAUUAUUUGUUUAUGGGAGACUACGUUGACCGAGGAUAUUACUCCGUUGAAACUGUAACGCUGCUUGUUGCACUUAAGGUUCGCUAUCGGGAACGCAUUACAAUCCUCCGAGGAAAUCAUGAAAGUAGACAAAUCACACAAGUAUAUGGAUUUUAUGAUGAAUGCUUAAGGAAAUAUGGAAAUGCAAACGUCUGGAAGUAUUUCACUGACCUAUUUGACUACCUCCCCUUAACUGCACUGGUAGAUGGUCAGAUCUUUUGUUUGCACGGGGGAUUGUCUCCUUCUAUAGAUACACUCGAUCAUAUACGGGCUCUUGAUCGCCUUCAAGAAGUUCCACACGAGGGUCCAAUGUGUGACUUGUUAUGGUCUGACCCAGAUGAUCGUGGUGGUUGGGGCAUAUCCCCUCGAGGUGCAGGUUAUACGUUUGGCCAGGAUAUAUCUGAAACAUUCAACCAUGCUAAUGGCCUUACUUUGGUUUCAAGGGCCCAUCAGCUCGUGAUGGAAGGUUACAAUUGGUGCCAUGAUCGGAAUGUAGUAACCAUUUUUAGCGCUCCAAAUUAUUGUUACCGCUGUGGCAAUCAAGCUGCAAUAAUGGAACUCGACGACACGCUAAAAUAUUCAUUCUUGCAGUUUGACCCAGCACCGCGCAGGGGAGAGCCACACGUGACCCGUCGCACACCCGACUACUUCUUGUAGACGCCAUUUUCCUCGUGUACAGUAUCGUUACCAGCAGGACUUUGUCACGACAACUCGGCAGAGCAGCGGCAACUUCAGGGGAGCGUCGUCACUGGUGUAAAUGAUGGACCAAAAGAUGUGCCAUAAAAGCCCGUGACCACCUCACAGACCCCCGUCCUUUGCAUGCUGAAGUGGCCUUGUCUGUCAAAGAUCUGUUUCCUGGCAUAGAGCACUACUCGUAGUAUAUUUACAUUCUCCCACAGACUAAAACAUUAACGACUUGUGAAUACGGUAACUGCAGUUAGUUAUAGUUCUGCCUGGCAUGAUCAUACAUAAGAUAGAAAGCAGUCGGAUUAAACCAUUCUGGGCUGCAGGGGAGGCAACCGCAUUCUGGACCUUUUUAAGCCGAGUACCUUUAUUGUGACUUUAUUUUCAGGGAAUACAAUUUAAUUUAAAAUUUUCAUAUGCGCUUAAGGGUUUUUGUUCUUUUUCGCCCUUCCGCAUCGGGUUUUUCCCUAGUCUGCGAUGGUUUUAUUUUUUGUAGUUAAGAAAUACAUCUGUACCAGUUAGACUUUGCUGCAGCGCAAUGCAGCAUUACCCCCCCCCCCCCAUAAUAAACUUGUGAACAAAGUCCUUA